AUGGGCAGCCAGGGCGCAAUCACAUGGCUUGACAAGCUUGAGGAACAGAUCAACGUCGAUGUCGAUUGGAUGGAUCCUGAGUACAUCAAGAGCAUGCCCAUUGUCCCCCACGACCAAACAAGCAACCAGCUCUGGGUUGAUAUCCAGCUUGGCCAUGAAUCGAACAGGCAUCUUUUCCUCGAGACUGCAAAGGAAUUGAAGAAUGAAGGGUGGCUCGCCAUCUACACUCGCAUGGCCGUUCUCAUGUGCAAAAAGAACAUCAACUCUAUCCGCGGCCGAGUCCUUUUGCAAACCCUCCCCUCCAACGCGUACAAGACACAGGAAACCCUCGAUCAUGCACGCCUUUAUGAUCGUGAAUUUGCCAAAGCCGGCAUCGGGCGCGAUCGAUACUGCAUCAAAAUACCAUCGACUGGACCAGCUUUGAACGCUGCAAAGAUCUUGUCCUCAGAAGGGAUUCCCACCCUAGGGACAGCGCUCUUCAGCUUGCCUCAAGCUAUUGCUUGCAGCCAGGCCGGCAUGCUGUACAUCAGCCCGUAUUACAAUGAGGUGCGGGCCCACGAUGAACCGGAUGUCCUCUGGCCGAAUGUCGAGGACCCAGCAACGCAACACCCUAUGUCGGCACGAAUCAUCCAGAUCAUCGAGACAUACAAGCGGCUGUACAAAGAGACCGGCAAAGAACAGCCACUCGUCAAGAACGCCAGCUUCAUCUCAGCCAAAGAGGCUAUGGCGGCAGGGGAAAUGGGAUGUCAUUCUGCAACCAUCUCCCACACUGUCCUUGACCAACUAGCCAAGCUUCCUUACGAUGGUAGCAAACAGCCAGGCGAAGGCGUGCCGAAGCCUGUUCACGUCUACAAAGACAUCGGUCCGACCCCUGAGCGGCUGAAGAAGCUCGCCACCAUCGACCCUCUGGCAGCGGCCGAGUGGGACGGAAACCUGGCCCGUACUGACGUUGACUACCUCGCUGAUGGCGGUGCUGCGCUGCAGAAGGCUAUCGAGGCCGACCCCGUUACGACGACUCGGCUCUCAGAUGCGCUGAAGCUCUUCAUCGGCGGGGAGAAGAGCAGUCAGGGAAAGAUUGAGGAGGUCCUGAAGCAGAUUUGA